AUGUGGCCAGUUGAACACACAAAGUUUACUUUUCCUAAUGUGUCCGGUAGAAGCCUCAGGCUGAUAGUGUCAUUGAAUGGUGCUUGCUGGCUCACCAACAGCGCGUGCCUCAAUCUCUUAGGUUUGGAUUGGAUUGAUGAGCUUCAACUCUUGGAGCAAUCCCUCAAUGCCGUUUGUAACAGAUUAACCGCAGAUGCCAGCAAUACGUUCACAGCAGCACUACAUUCUGACGAUUUUGCGGUUGCCACAAUUACGGUCAACCCGGAGACCAGUCAGAUCAUACGUGACACAGUGGCUAUUCAACUCGUUGUGUCCAACACUGGUAGUCCUCUCACUUCAGUCCGUUUUGAAGAACCCUGCCAGCAGCCUGAAACGCUGUGCUCGUGGUCCCCAUCCUUCACUCCACAGUCCCAUGGUUACUCACUGAUACCUCCAGAAUCCGAAUUCGAGCUCCCUCGUGAAAAGAAAGCUGCAAAGAAGUCACCAAAACGAAGUAAAUUGAAGCAUUCUGGCUCGCGUUCGCCGUCUACUUUUGACGAUGAAUCAACCAGUGGUCGAGGAAAGGUUCAGCUCAGCUUGGUCGAAGCAAUGCGUCAAGCUGCCUGCAACAAGGAAAAUCUGCAGAAAGCUAAAAAGACUACCAACACAUUGGAACAGUACUUCGUCAAAAAAGACACAAAGACUCCCGUGACACCCAAGCGCACCGAAAUAUCCGUGGAUGCUUUCUUUUCCAGUUCAACAAAGAAACAUAAACAAGAACCUAAAAAGUCUCCAACUACCUCGGAGCCAAAGAAGUCCCCAAAAACACCGCCGCACACUAGUCCUUCAAUCGUUCCGGACACGCCUAUCGUAUCUCCGGGGAAUCUGAUACCUGAUACACCAACCCUGAAGAGCGAAGAGAAGCUGCGUCAAAGAGUCAAGCAUUCGCGGUCAUCUAAUACCCCAACCAAGGCUACUGAUGUUUCCAUAACUAGUCCAUCAUCGACCCUACAAACCUCAUUUGACGGCGUUUCAGAUGAACCCAAACCAAACACUCCCGCUAGUCGCCGACCGUUUUGGUCUUACAGUGCCAGAGAAGGGCCGAGAGCACUUGGAUCGAAACCGAUUCCCAAAGGUAAUCCAACUUGUCUGUGCGGAAAGACCUUCGUCAUCACCGGUAUUUUGGAGAGUAUAGAACGCGACGAUGCCCGGGCACUCAUCGAGCGCUGUGGAGGAAAGGUGCUCAAAACGCUUGGUAAACGAACCAACUACCUGGUUGUUGGGCGUGAACCAGGGGAAGGCAAACUGGCCAAGGCCGAAACUCUCAAUCUCAAACAAGUGGAUGAGGAUCAGCUGUUUCGUCUUAUCCGAGAACUGGCCAAUGAGCCGGAACCCAAUGGUGCCGCUGACGAUUCCGAGGCUCACAGUCCACAGGUAGAAAAGCCCACCUCCCCUACCAAACGCCCGGCCAAGCAGUCCCCAGACAAGUUAUCCCCCAAAGUAACGCCAGUGAAAAAGUCACGUGUGAAGUCGACAGAAAGUCCUACUGUGCUUACAGCAAAGCCGCUGUUCCUAGGCAGCCAGUCCAGUUCAGAUGCGCAGCUAACAACGACUGCUCUUCAGUUGACUCGUAGUUGCCCCCUACCGGCACCAAGACCUCCGAGCAGUGAACUGUGGGUAGAUAAGUAUAAACCCACUUCCCUUCGCACCCUGAUCGGUCAGACAGGAGCCAGUUCUCCAGGCAAUCGCUUGUAUGCUUGGUUGUCAUCUUGGCAUCAACACUUUGCCGCGGGUACAAAGGCUCACGCUUACUCUUCAGCGCCUCCGUGGGCCGCUAGUUCGGAUGACGGGAAGUGGGCCCGAGCCGCGCUCCUUUCUGGGCCACCAGGAAUAGGAAAAACCAGUUCGGCAACAAUUGUUUGUGCUGAACUGGGAUUUUCUACCUGUGAAUUGAACGCUUCUGACUGUCGUUCGAAAACCAGUCUCUCCGAAGUGGUCAGUCAGAGUUUGGGUAUGCAGAACUUGGCGCAGAUGGCCUACGGUGAAGCUUCACAGCUCAGCACCAAGCGACAUGUUCUGCUCAUGGAUGAAGUGGACGGCAUGGCUGGAAAUGAGGAUCGUGGUGGAAUGCAGGAGCUUAUCAAUAUGAUCAAGUCUACACGAAUCCCCAUCAUAUGUAUGUGUAACGAUCGUCAGUCCCCAAAACUCAGCACCAAGCGACAUGUUCUGCUCAUGGAUGAAGUGGACGGCAUGGCUGGAAAUGAGGAUCGUGGUGGAAUGCAGGAGCUUAUCAAUAUGAUCAAGUCUACACGAAUCCCCAUCAUAUGUAUGUGUAACGAUCGUCAGUCCCCAAAAAUUCGUUCGCUUGCAAACUAUUGCUACGACUUACGAUUUAGCCGGCCCCGAGUGGAACAAAUCAAGGCAGCUGUUUUAUCAAUCGCUUGCAAAGAAAAUGUGACCAUACAACCGUCUGUGCUGGGCGAUAUAAUCGAAGCGAGUGGUCACGACAUCCGUCAAGUGAUCAACAAUACUCAAAUGUGGAGCAUAUCCGGUUUAGCUGAUCAAGCACAGCUGACAAGUGAUGCUAGUGGGGCUCAAAAAGACAUCCGACUCGGUGCGUUUGACGUGAUUCGCAAAGUCUUUCAACCUGAUAUCAACGGGCCCAACGGUGGUCCCGCUUCCAUCAACGACAGUUUGGAUUUGUUCUUCCAAGACUACAGUCUGGUUCCGCUCUUUGUGCAAGAAAACUACUUAAAUGUCAGGCCGAGAAAGACCGACCUCAGUCCCAAUCAACUGCUCACACUUUUGGCUCAGGCCUCAACUGACAUAGCCUUUGGUGAUAUCAUCAGCUCUAGUAUCCGGAACGCUGGCGCCGGAUCUUGGUCACUUCUUCCAGUUCAGGGAAUCUUCAGUGUUGUACGUCCCGGGCGCAUACUACGCGGGUCCUUACCUGGGGGUGGGCCUGGUGGUGGGAUCAGUUUCCCGUCAUGGUUUGGCAAGAACAGCAACCAAGGCCGGAUGUAUCGCGUCACCGCCGAGCUGUCACGUCACAUGAGGCUGUCUACUCACGGUGCAUCAUCGAAUCCGCGUAGCUUCAUCCUAGACUACGCUUCAGUCCUAGCGGAUCUACUUACGCGGCCCUUGAAAGAAGGCGAUGUGGAUAGCGUGCUCAAUAUGUUGGUCAAAUAUCAACUUCUACGUGAAGAUCUGGAUUCUAUUCUUGAACUGACUACCUGGUCCAAUCGACCUAAUCGGAUGCUCAACAUUGAUUCCAAGGCAAGUACUCAUUUGCAACUAGCUUGA